CUGGGUAGUGUGAAAGGAUAGGCUGGAGCUAGGUAGCUAAGCAGCUUGGCAAGUGGAGCUACUGAGGAUUCCAAACAGGACCUCUGGAGUCCUCUCCACCUUUUAUGGGUUGAACCAUGUGAAAUAGACAAUAUUCAGCCAUUUAGGGCCAAGACAAAUGCCAGGUUUGUGGGGUGCAGCCUCACAGAGAGGCUGCUUGGGGGUCUUUGCAGAGGGUGGAUGAGCAGAGGGCAUCCUCCGGAGCCUGCUGGGGGACCCGGCUUUGAGGCCACCAGGCCGGUGGUGUACAGACUCUAGUGUAGGCUGGGAGAAAGGGGAGGUUCAAGAAACACGGAGGAGGUGAAGCGGCAGAACCAGGAGGAUGGGGUGCUGCAGAGGAGAAGGAGCACUGAGGCUGAGGUCCAGGUUUGCAGAGAUAUAGACUGUGUGUCCCGCCAGGUAAAAGACAGGUCUGUGGGUGCCUCGUCUGAGCUACAGUUUCCAGGUUACCUGGAACCGUGGAUAACUCUCAGAUCAGCAACUUGUCAGUUGAUUUCCAAGCUGCUGUUGGCUGGACUCAGGCUCAGCGGGGAGGCUGGCAGGCCCUGUGUUGCGGGCUGGACUCAGGCCCAUCUCGCUGAUUACUCUUUUUGCUCUCCAGCAUGUCCUCAGGAGGUCAGAGUCCGCUUGUUGUUCCAUGACCACGGGAGGAGGGGCACCAACAUGAGGGUGCGAGCAUCUCCCCAGUGGUGGCUUCCCAGGGCUGGGGCAACCCUGGGGGAGGGGUUGGGACAGGCAACUCUGUCGCUUGCUGCCACUGCCUGGGUCAACUGCCUGACAGGGUUGGCCACUCAUGCUCAGAAGGCUGAGGCCUUACCUGCCUUCUCCUCUCACCCAGCGCUCGCACAAGGACAUACCUGA